AUGUCGCGCAGACGUGCCAGUUGGUUGCCGCCAUCCUCCAUCUCGGUAACCUUGAGUUCCAUGGAUCGCUCCCGGAACGAAGAUGCCGCUGUCGUGCGUAACACGGAUGUCCUCGAUAUCGUCGCAGAUUUCUUGGGCGUGCAGCCGGCAGCGCUGGAAGCGGCGCUAUCAUACAGGACGAAGAUGUUGAAAAAGGAAUUGUGUACGGUCUUCCUGGAUCCCGACGGUGCCUCGGAUAACCGAGAUGAACUCGCAAAGUCCCUGUACUCCCUCCUAUUUGCAUGGUUGAAUGAGCAUAUCAACCCAAUGCCUUUGCCGCGAUGA